UUUCGAAAACGAGUUAGGCUGCUGCAGAGUGAGGAUGUGAGGACAAAGAUUGCACCUGAGCGAAAGCUCACCCUCUCUGAAGUCGAGUGUUUAUUUAAUUUCAAAACUUGUUUGCAUUUUUUAUUCCAUGAACCAGUAAAAAAGCGUAACUUGAUGCAUGUUACGUACCGAAUAGCAUCUCCUCGCUAGCUAUGUUUGAUGGGAAAUAUGACGAAUUCAGCAGUGUGUGUCUUUUAGCAGCGACAAUGCUCAGCAGGCCUGUCAUAACCGGCUUGUUCACAUUUGGUCCGUCACAUCAAUGAUUAUGGAUGUCAAAGCAGUGGUGGAGUUUGCCACGGUCACUAGGGGUUUGUCGCUGGUUUUACAGGCUGUCUUGAAUGCUGCCAUCCCUGACCAUGACGCUGAUGCAUUCAGGCCCCCUCGGACAGAGGAGCCCCUUUACCUGGACUCUACAGUAGAGUGGUUGUUUGGUGGCCUCUCUCACUGGGAUGCGGAGCAUUUCCUCUUCAUCGCUGAGAGAGGAUACCUUUAUGAGCACAACUUUGCUUUCUUCCCCCUCUUCCCCAUAGUCCUCCGAGGCCUGGCUGAGACACUGCUGUGGCCCUUGAGCAGCUGGCUGAGUGUGCGGGGGCGUUUGCUGGUGGCAGUGGCUCUGGGCAACAGUGCUCUUUUUCUGCUGAGUGUGGUUGCCCUGCAUGCGCUCAGCAGAAUCGUUCUACAGGACAGACGCCUUGCUCUGCUCUCUAGCCUGCUUUACUGCAUCACACCAGCCAAUGUUUUCAUGACUGCUGGAUACUCAGAGAGCCUGUUUGCAGCGCUUACAUUUGGUGGUCUAUUCCUCCUGGAGAAAGGAUUUACGUUCCGAGCCUGCCUGGCCCUCAGCAUAGCCACUGCAGCUCGAUCUAAUGGACUUGUUAACAUAGGAUUUCUACUCUAUCUUCCAUCUCUGCAUGCUAUUACUCAGAUCCGUGUGUAUCGAGCAACAACAAAAGGCCACAGUAAAGUCUUCCACUAUAUUUGGGUCAUCAUUCGCCUCCUGCUCACCUCCCUCUUGGGAACUGCAAUAAUCGCCAUUCCCUUCUGUGCUUUCCAGUAUUACGGGUACAGGACGUUUUGCACACCAUCAGUCUCCUUGGAGCAGAUUCCCCCUGCUCUUUUGUCGCUUGCUGAACAAAAGGGCUACCGGGUCCCAGAUGAAAAUGGUCCACCACCACUAUGGUGCAUGAGACCCCUCCCUCUGCUUUACUCUCAUAUUCAGGACGUGUACUGGGAUGUGGGCUUUCUUCGCUACUUUGAGCUGAGGCAGAUACCAAACUUUAUCCUUGCUCUGCCCAUGGCUAACCUUGGCAUAAUGGCAGCUUAUGCAUACUUUCAAGCUAACCCAGGGCUGUGUCUGAGACUCGGGCUAUGGGAGACAAGCGCAAAUAAAGGCCUUGACAAACCUACACCGGGAAUGUUCAACUCCCGUGUGUUUGUGUAUGUUGUUCACUCAACAGUUCUUCUGGUGUUUGGGACUUUGUGCAUGCAUGUGCAGGUUCUGACCAGAUUCAUGGCCUCCUCAUCUCCUGUGCCAUUCUGGAUCAGUGCCCAUCUGCUCCUCCUCAAUGAACCUCUCCUUCAUCGAAGGAAAACAUCACAUCCUAACGUGCAGCUACACACACACUCCAAAAACGGAUGUGAACACAAACCUCAAAACCCCAUCAUUGCUCUGCUACCACACUUUACAACCUGCUCUCCUACCACACAGAGCAUCCUGGGAUACUUCCUUUCCUACUGGGUGCUGGGCCUUGCUCUGCAUUGUAACUUCUUGCCUUGGACGUAAGACUUUACUCUGAGCUUUCAAUGCAAUAUUUCUUUGUAGGACUGGGCUGUGCACCAUUCUCAGAAGGAUACCAGUAGUUUUUAUGGUUCAUCAUCAAUACCCCCUUUUUGUUGUUCCAGUUCUGUCUUUAUUUAGAAAAUAAUGAAAUAGCUGUUACCAGUUUUGUUAAAACAUCAUAAGAGAGAAAUGUAUCAACACUCUGCCUGGUCUUAUAUCACCCCGUCCUGCACAGAACUCACUGACUUUAUUAGGGUUUUAUUACAUGCCAAUUUAUUCAUGCAAUAGCAAACAACUUUGAUUGGCACAUAUCCUUAUUUUAGACUCAUUUGCAACAAUCUGAGAUCAAAUUCAAAUGAUCAGUUUACUUGAAACUUUAUCAAACACUGUUAAGUUGUAAAUCUUGGGAAGACUAUGGUUGAACUUGAAGAAAAAAUAAAUAUGUAUUUAUUUUUUUCUUUUAAGGCAUUUUUUUUAUUUAUUCUGUUAAUUUUGCACUGCAUGUUUGGAAAAAAAAUCAAGGUACAUUUUUAGGACUCUUGAGUAUUACUUGUGGGA